UGGCAUCGGUGCCAUCGCUCGUUUGUAUUGCUGUGUCAUUUUACUGAAAUACUUGAAUUGUCGGCUUUUUGAUUUUACCGAAUUCUUUACAUUCAAGUUAGAAGUUAUGGCUACUGAACGAUAUAGCUUUUCUCUGACUACUUUUAGUCCGUCUGGUAAGCUGGUCCAGUUGGAGUAUGCUUUGGCGGCAGUGUCUGGUGGUGCACCGUCUGUUGGUAUUAUGGCAUCGAAUGGUGUCGUGAUUGCCACAGAGAAUAAACACAAGUCGCCGCUUUACGAAGAACAUAGCGUACACCGCGUAGAGAUGGUAACGAAGCAUAUUGGAAUGGUUUAUUCGGGCAUGGGCCCUGACUACCGUUUGUUAGUGAAGCAGGCUCGUAAAAUUGCACAGAACUAUUAUCUUACGUACAAGGAGCCGAUUCCUGUUGCACAACUUGUUCAGCGCGUUGCAACACUUAUGCAGGAAUAUACCCAGUCCGGCGGUGUACGCCCCUUUGGAGUGUCAUUGCUAAUUUGCGGAUGGGACUCAGAUCGCCCAUAUUUGUAUCAGUCUGAUCCUUCGGGAGCUUACUUUGCUUGGAAGGCAACGGCAAUGGGCAAGAAUGCAGUUAAUGGGAAAACAUUUUUGGAAAAGCGUUACAACGAGGACUUAGAACUCGAAGACGCUGUUCACACAGCUAUUUUGACACUUAAGGAAGGAUUUGAGGGCAAAAUGACAGCCGACAACAUAGAAGUUGGAAUCUGCGAUCAAAACGGAUUCAAGCGCCUGGAUCCAGCCUCAAUCCAGGACUAUUUGGCCAAUAUACCUUAAAUAUGAGUUGAAUCAAACACACAUGCUGCUGUAAAGGAAAUCAUUAAAAAUUAAACCGGUAUUUUUAAAUUUUUAAAAUGAG